CAGAGUAGUGCUUUCUACACACACACGCACACCGCCCAGCGUGGCCGUGUUUUUCUCCCUCCUAUAUGGCAGGAUUAUUGCUCCUCAUUAAUUCCUGCCUCCCUGUCGGCCUCCUGCCACCUCAUUGGCCGCUCCUCUCAGGACCACCGCUGACUGGAGAUCCCCGUGGCGACGACCUGGGGGGGGGGUCCACUCUCGCCGUGGCAACUCAUCAGAUCGUCGACCAGCUGGAGCAAAAAAAAUGUAAAAAAAAAUGUAAAAAAAAAUGUACGGGGAGAAAAAUAAGCGACAGCAACAACAAGGGAUUAACCGUCGGCUCCAACUGAGCAACCAGGAAGUCUGUUUAAAACUGCACCAAAAAAACACACCCACUUUCUCUCUCCCUCUCCUCAGUGCUAAGCUGCUGGUCAGGGUGGACAGCUGUUCAAAAACUAUGAGGAUGGAGAUGCAUACAAAAUGAAAAACAGCCCUUGGGACUCGGGUGAAAGACGCGUUCUACAUCCUCUUGUUUUUCAAUGCCUCCUUCCUGUAUUUAUUUUGAAGAUGAGGCAAUAAGGUAAGCCAGACAUAAGGAUGCUGUGGAUAUAGAACGACUGAGCGAGAGAGAGAGAGGGAGAACUAGUGCAGCAUGCGUCAGCUCUGAGGCAUUGACCAAUGAACAAGCAGCGCGCGACAGAAAGAGAGAGGGAGACGGAUGGUGACAGCCUGUGAUGCGAGGAGGAAAGCGAGAGAGCGAAGAGCAGGACUGGAAGGUCAUUAGACGAGACGGAAAUAAACGAGGAUCCCUUUGACACUUCCUGUCUACAAGGUUAUCCUCAACACCAAUCAACAAAAUAGCUGGACUCCUGCUGCAUCCACAUAUAGGGGAAACCCUCCACAGAACCCGACUCAACCUGCCAACCAGCCAAUACAUUCCCAGAGGAAAAGCCUAUGUCCAUUGUGAAGAGGACAAUCCUACCUUAUGCUCCUGUCCUUCUUAGUGUACCUAACCAAAAAACUUGGUCACUUGUUAUGGCUGCCUGACCACAACAUCCCCUUUUUGAAUGAAACCCAAGAACUGUCUACAGAAAAGAAGGGAAUAUCUUUGACUGCUACGACGAGGAAUAGCCUGUCUGUUGCUCGCCAGAACACACUGGAUUGGUGAUUCUCAGCCCACGGUGGACCAGCAAACCACUGGACUGAGGCUAUUGGAUAGAUGACAGACAGACUGACUGACGGUGUUGGACUUUGCCAUGGGAGAGACGGCUGACUACCAGCGGCUGGAUGAGACAUCAGACUACCAGCGGCUGCCCAGCGUUGACGAGGAGAAGCUGGGCCGUAGCAUGCAGUCUGAGGAGGGCACAGAAUGGCUCCUGGAGCUGCUGAUGGAGGUGCAGCUGCAGCAGUACCUUUUGCGUAUCCGUGACGACCUUAACGUGACGCUCAUCUCCCACUUCGACUACGUCAAGAACGAGGACCUGGAGAAGAUCGGAAUGGGGCGGCCCGGGCAGAGACGGCUGUGGGAGGCAGUCAAGAGGAGGAAAGCCAUGUGCAAGCGCAAGUCCUGGAUGAGCAAGGUGUUCAGCGGGAAGCGGCCGGACGGCGGGGACUUCCAGCAGGCGGCCCCCACCUCCUCCUUCCGCAAGCUGUCCCCUACGCCGCCCCCCCAGCAGCAGGCACUCAGCUGUCUGAUCAGUGAGAAGGACCUGGUCCUCUUCCAGAAGCUGGGCGAAGGCUCCUUCGGCGUGGUCAAAAGGGGCGAGUGGUUCACGCCCGCUGGGAAAGUGUUGGAGGUAGCAGUGAAGUGUUUAAAGACAGACGUUCUGAGUCAGCCGGACGCACUGGACGACUUCAUCUGCGAGGUGAACGCCAUGCACUCCCUGGAUCACCAGAACCUCAUCAGGCUGUACGGGGUGGUGCUCACACGCCCCAUGAAGAUGGUGACUGAACUAGCCCCGCUGGGCUCCCUGCUGGACCAUCUGCGCUGCGUUCCGACGCAGGGCCCCGUCCUCAUCCACACGCUAUGCCAGUACGCCGUGCAGGUGGCGUGCGGCAUGGCCUACCUGGAGCAGCGGCGCUUCAUCCACCGCGACCUGGCCGCCCGCAACAUCCUGCUGGCGUCGGCCGAUACGGUGAAGAUCGGCGACUUCGGCCUGAUGCGAGCGUUGCCCAACAACCACGAGCACUACGUGAUGCAGGAGCACCGCAAGGUGCCGUUCGCCUGGUGUGCCCCUGAGAGCCUGAAGACACGGACGUUCUCCCACGCUACAGACACCUGGAUGUUUGGGGUGACGCUGUGGGAGAUGUGUACCCACGGACAAGAGCCCUGGCUGGGCCUCAACGGCAGCCAGAUCUUACACAAGAUAGACAAGGAGGGUGAGCGUCUGCCCAAGCCAGAGGACUGUCCUCAGGACCUCUACAACGUCAUGUUGCAGUGCUGGGCCCAGAAACCUGACGACAGGCCCACAUUCCUCGCCCUCAGGGAGUUCCUGCUCGAGACCAUGCCAGCAGACAUGUGCGCGCUGCAGGACUUUGAAGAGGCUGACAAGCUUCAGAUUCAGGUCGACGACGUCAUCACCAUCAUCGAGGGCAGAGCGGAGAACUACUGGUGGCAGGGCCAGAACAAACGCACGCUGAAGGUGGGCCAGUUCCCCAGGAACGUGGUGACCUCCGUUGCGGGCCUGUCGGCCCACGACAUCAGCAGGCCCCUUCAACACAGCUUCAUCCACACUGGCCAUGGAGACUCCGACCCACACCGCUGCUGGGGAUUCCCAGACCGCAUCGACGAUCUGUACUUAGGAAACCCCAUGGACCCACCAGAUGUCUUGGGGUUGGACCUCAAUGCUGCCCGGCCCACUCAGCUACUGGGACGAGGAAAAAAGCCAUGCUACGACUCAGUGACUGAGGACGAGGAGCUAACCGCCUCAGGCCUCAAGAGGCUGUCGUUACGGAAAGCAGGUUCCAUCCUCAAGCUCAAACCCGCCGCCUGGGUCUCCGCCUCCAAACAGGGGGAACGGACUACGGGUUCAGGCCACACCCCCAGCAAGGUGUCGCUCAUCGACUUUGAGCAGGAGUUUCCCCCGGCCACACCCACUCCCUCCCCAGUGGCGGAGCUACAGUUGCCCUCAUUUGUCAAGCUGGCCCUGGAGGCGGAGUCUAUUCUGGACAGGACUCCUCCUCAGAGCCCAUGGUGCUCGCUGCCCUGCCCUUUACACCCAACGCCAGUGGUGGACUGGGACGCCCGCCCCUUACCUCCGCCUCCUGCGUACGAUGACGUGGCGCAGGACGAGGAGGACAUGGAAGUGAGCUCCAUCAACAGCUUUGAGCAGCGACAGCAGGGGGGGAUGGGUGAGAGCCACAGCCCCACGGAGGCCAUCCCGGCUGGGGAGGAGGGGAAACCCCUGGAGGACAACCUCUUCUUACCCUCCCAACAGAGCCAGGCCUACACAUCCUUCUCCCAAUCAGCAGAGAUCUUUCAGGAGCUCCAGCAGGAGUGCAUGAGGAGGCUCAAUGUGCCCACAGGAGGAGUUCCCCAGCCCCCCUCUCCGUCACCGAGCUCAGGCCUCCAGUCCAUAGACGUGCACCGCCAUAUCGUCCUAUCCUUCUCCGAGGACAAGCCCCAGAUCCCUCCCCGCAUUCCCAUCCCGCCUCGCCCCGUCAAACGAGGGGACUACACCCGCUGGUCCGGUGACCUGUCCCCGGCUCCAGCUUCCGAGGAAGUCCAGGACCGGCCCCCUCAGAUCCCCCCACGGAACCCCCUGUCCCAGCCAGGCUCGCGCACCCCCAGUCCCAUGGGGCUCCAGGUGGGCUCCCCCCAGCAGAGGACAAUGGUUUGCCCCAGCGCCCCUCCUCCGGCCACAUACGGAUCCUACCUCUCCACAUCCCCGGGGAAGAUCAUGCCCACUACGCACAGCUUUGCCUCAGACCCAAAAUACGCCGCGCUCAAGGUCAUCCAAGCACAAGCCCAGGGUAAGGACCUGGCCAAGGGGCCAUGCAUCCUGCCCAUUGUCCGCGACGGCCGCAAAGUCAGCAACACGCACUACUACCUCCUGCCCGAGAGGCCGCCUUACCUGGACCGCUUCGACCGCUUCUUCAGGGAAGCAGAAAACGUGCCGACCGGUGGCGGCAGUGGGAUCUGUGAGGAGAGGCAGCAGGCCAACACGGCCACGGUCAGGCCAAUGGUGGUGAACCAGCAGCAGCAGAGCAAGGGAGGAGAUUUCAAGGCCAACUUCUCCAACAACAACAGCAGUCUGGGCUGCCGGCCGGGCAUGAGGGCCUUCCUUAGCCUGCCUAGGGUCAGCUCUGAGGGGUCAGCCAGCAGGGCAGCGGGUGGAACCACAACAGACCAGGUCAAGAUGGUGCAGGAGGCGGUCCAUGGCGUGACUGUAGAGGAGUGUCAGACAGCCCUCCAGAACCACAGCUGGAACGUGCAGAAAGCUGUGCACUACCUCAAGGUUGAGCAGCUGUUCUGUCUUGGCCUGAAGACCAGGCUGGAGUGUCUCAAGAUGCUGGAGAUGUACAACUGGAACCUGGAAGUGGCCAGCACUCAGCUCCUGGACUCCUACAGCGCCGUCACGCAAAGGCGGUGACCGAUGCUGUAGGAGCAACAGCAGAACUUUUGUCUUUUAGGGGACGGAGUCUGCUCCCAUCCCUCUUUUAUGACUUGCCAGACGCAUCCCUUAAGAAGACGGGGAUUUGAGUGUGAACCUGGGGUACAUUUGACUGUGUGAUGGGCCAUGGCUGCAGUCUUGCCUACUGUACACUGAGACCUGGUCCUCAGUGGAGGCUGGCUCAUAAUAAUGUCUGGAAUGGAGUCAAUGGAAUGGUAUCAAACACAUCAAAGACGUGGUUUCCAUGUGGUUGAUAACAUUCCAUCGACUCCAUUCCAGAUAUUAUUAUGAGCCGUCCUCCCCUCAGCAGCCUCCACACUGAGGACCAGGGGGCUAGCCUCCACACUGAGGACCAGGGGGCUAGCCUCCACACUGAGGACCACGGGGCUAGCCUCCACACUGAGGACCACGGGGCUAGCCUCCACACUGAGGACCAGGGGGCUAGCCUCCACACUGAGGACCAGGGGGCUAGCCUCCACACUGAGGACCAGGGGGCUAGCCUCCACACUGAGGACCAGGGGGCUAGCCUCCACACUGAGGACCAGGGGGCUAGCCUCCACACUGAGGACCAGGGGGCUAGCCUCCACACUGAGGAGCCUCCCGUUCUACCACCGAAUAUGAGUGGAAGUCAACUUAGAAUACAGGUAGUGGAACCAUACUCUUCAAGGGACCAUGGUGUCUGCUGGUUCCUACCCUAUACCCAACACUGAAGGAAAAACAUCCUCUUUUUAAUUGCUGGUCUCCCCGAUUCAGUUAUAUCAAUGCCACAAUACACCUUUGACCAACUAGGCUGACCUCUUUUGUGUUAUUACUGAGAUAUGAAUCAGCACUCCCCUACUGUAUGUGAGCUUUGCUAAGCUCCUCGGUUUGGAUAGGGGCUUGUUUUAGUGAGGCCAGCAUCUUUCUGCUGCGCCGCCCGCCCUCCCAGGCUCUACUGUGUUUUAGCAGAGGGCAAAGUUCACAAAGCCCACCUGGAUGGAGAGAACGAAUACAAGAGAGGGGGGGAAAAAACGAAAUGCAGCUGGUCUACUUUUAAGUCGACUCCUUUUUUUAUUUUCUAUUCUAGAGAUUUCUACUUGAUUUUUAUUAAGGAGAGGAAUUAAGAGAUUUUUUUUUUAUGCACACAAACAGUUACAUACAUGAAUAGUUCAGUUUAUAUAUCUGUAGCGAAUAUGUGCUAGAAGUUGGUAUUUUUAGUUUUUAGUGCUCUGUUUUUAAUAUAUUCUGGGUUUUGAACCGGUUGUUUGAAAAGGGGGACAUAUUGAAAACAUUCAAUUCUUGAGAUUAAAAAUAUAUAUAUUUUGUCAGUUAUUAAAACCAUGUAUGUUGUGCUUUCCCUGAAUCGAGUUCACUUAUGUUUGUCAGUGACAUCAAUCUGAUCCACUCCUGGUGGCCAUGUAGAACUUCUGGUGUGCUAUAUGACGCCUGACUAAUCAUAGUGCUCUCACACUAUCUACUCUAAGCACCUGCCCACACAAAACAACUGAUGAAAAUCGCCCACUGGCUCGCCUAUUUUACCAUGUGUUCAAAGCACGUUGAUACUUCUAGAAUUAAGAACAUUGCCGCUAGUCUUUCCCUCAACUAUUAGGGGCUAAAACCCUCAGUCAACACCCAUAGGUUACACACAAUUUUGACCGGGAAGACUAGAUACCACUGGCUCUAGUUGAUGACACACCACGUCAAGCACAUGCAAGAUACAACACGUCACCAUACUGGACGUUAGUCUCAGACAAUAAAGUGUAUAGCCUAGAGCAAACUGUAUAGUGAUAUGUGUUGGUUGGAUGUAUUUUCUAUUCUGUCUUAUCCUGAUGCACGCUGUGUGCUUUUCCGUGUGUUAUGAUUCAAAUAAUGUUUUUUGGCGAACUGAACGUUAAUAUACUGUACACUGAACAAAAACAUAAAACGCAACAUGUAAAGUGUUGGUAACAUGAGCUGAAAUAAAAGAUCACAGAAAUGUUC